AUGUUUCUUGGAGUGCACUGGGACUUGGAGGAAAAGCUUCCAAGAGAACAGAGUUCAGAUAACAGAGAUGAUCGAAAGGACUGCACUCCUGUGAUCAAGCGACAGCAAGGCUGUGAACCAAAGAGGUGCUCCUGCGAUCCUUCUUUCAUAGACAAGCACCUCACCACCCGGGUAACUCAUCUCUUGCUGAAGUUUGGAGCUGAUGUGAAUGCAAGUGGGGAAGUUGGAGACAGGCCUCUUCAUUUAGCUUCUGCCAAAGGCUUUCUCAACAUUACAAAGCUCCUGAUGGAAGAAGGAAGCAAAGCUGAUGUGAAUGCUCAGGACAACGAAGACCACGUUCCUCUGCACUUCUGCUGUCGAUUCGGGCACCAUGAGAUUGUCAAGUUCUUACUGCAUAGCAGCUUUGAAGUUCAGCCCCACGUGGUGAACAUCUAUGGAGACACACCGCUACACCUUGCUUGUUACAGUGGGAAGUUUGACGUGGUCAAGGAAAUGAUUCAACUCUCAGGAACAGAAAGUCUCACUAAGGAGAACAUCUUCAGUGAAACGGCUUUCCACAGUGCUUGCACCUAUGGAAAGAACAUAGAACUUGUAAAAUUCCUUCUCGACCAGAAUGUCGUAAGCAUCAAUCACCAGGGAAGAGAUGGACAUACAGGACUGCACUGUGCUUGCUACCAUGGCCAUAUUCGUCUGGUGCAGUUUUUGCUGGAUAAUGGAGCUGAUAUGAAUCUGGUCGCUUGUGAUCCCAGCAGGUCCAGUGGAGAAAAGGAUGAGCAGACCUGCUUGAUGUGGGCUUAUGAGAAAGGUCAUGAUGCCAUUGUGACCCUUCUGAAGCACUACAAAAGGCCUCAGGAUGAAUCACCCUGUAACGAAUACUCACAGCCUGGAGGAGAUGGUUCCUACGUGUCAGUUCCAUCCCCUCUGGGAAAGAUUAAAAGCAUGACUAAAGAAAAGGCAGACGUGCUCCUCCUCCGUGCUGGUUUGCCAUCGCACUUCCAUCUUCAGCUCUCUGAAAUAGAGUUCCAUGAGAUCAUUGGCUCAGGGUCUUUUGGAAAAGUAUACAAGGGGCGAUGCAGAAAUAAAAUCGUAGCAAUUAAACGCUAUCGAGCCAACACCUACUGCUCCAAGUCUGAUGUGGACAUGUUUUGCCGUGAAGUUUCCAUUCUCUGUCGGCUGAAUCAUCCAUGUGUCAUCCAGUUUGUUGGGGCGUGCCUGGAUGACCCAAGUCAGUUUGCUAUUGUCACUCAGUACAUCUCUGGAGGAUCGCUCUUCUCCCUGCUUCAUGAACAAAAGAGAACUCUUGAUCUGCAAUCUAAGUUGAUAAUUGCUGUAGACGUUGCCAAAGGAAUGGAGUACCUCCACAACCUCACACAACCUAUCAUACACCGUGAUUUGAACAGUCACAAUAUUCUGCUGUAUGAGGAUGGACAUGCAGUUGUUGCUGAUUUUGGAGAAUCGAGAUUUUUGCAAUCCCUGGAUGAAGACAACAUGACAAAACAGCCUGGGAACCUGCGCUGGAUGGCCCCCGAGGUGUUCACUCAGUGCACGAGGUACACCAUCAAAGCAGACGUGUUCAGCUAUGCUCUGUGUCUCUGGGAGCUGCUAACAGGCGAAAUUCCAUUUGCUCACCUAAAGCCAGCGGCGGCGGCGGCAGACAUGGCGUACCACCACAUCCGCCCGCCCAUCGGCUACUCCAUCCCCAAACCCAUCUGCGCGCUGCUGAUGCGGGGCUGGAACGCCUGCCCGGAGGGUAGACCAGAAUUCUCAGAAGUGGUCACAAAGUUAGAAGAAUGUCUGUGCAACAUUGAGUUGAUCUCUCCAGCUUCCAGCAACAGCAGUGGUUCCCUGUCUCCCUCCUCGUCCUCAGACUGUCUCGUUGCACGUGGAGGACCUGGCCGCAGUCACGUCGCAGCUCUGCGCAGUCGCUUUGAGUUGGAAUACGCUUUGAAUGCAAGAGCUUACGCUGUCUGGUCACAGAGCACUGGGCAACACCUUUCUCAGGGUCUGUCUUUGGAUGACAUGAGAAGAAACUUCCAGUACCCUCCAAUUGACAAAAACGGUUACGUGUCGGAUCCCAUGAGCACCAUGAGGUUUCACUCCUGCAGCAGCAGCUUUGAGGAAAGCAGCUGACAGCACAACGCCUUCCUGCAGAGAGCUGCCAGGACCUGAGCAGCAGGAGUCGGACUGGGCAGCCCAGAACAGAACCACUUCAGCUGCUGGUGGUGAGCAUCCCCAUGAUGAGCUUUGUGCCAUCACCUGCUGCUGCUGCUGAUGUGGAGGAGGCAGGUUCUUUUGGUGCUGUGUAUCUGAUUUUAACAAAGCUUUUACUAAAAUCAUAUGCUUCAGUCUUCCAGUAACAAAAAAAGUAACACAGGCACUCCAAAACAAACCUUUAACCAGAAGGAAAACCUGAAAUGAAGCUGGCUUUGGAAACAGAAUACAGAGCAGGGAAACGGACUGUAGUUACAUCCAUACCAAUAUGUGCCCACUUAUGGCUGCUUUGUACCAUCUCCUGGUAACAUAUCAUUAGCAGACACUUGAAAACAGGAAAAACUUUUAUGGGAUGAAAAGUCUUUACCUGGCCAUGUGCUUGUAAACAACUUUACUGGUAAUUAAAAUAGCU